GUCCCACUGUGCAUCGAUCGCUGCUCUGCUGUUGCUGGUGCUGCUGGCAGCGACGCAAUUGCGCAAUUGUUCACUCAUUUCGGCUGGCUCUUUUUUGGCGUGCCUCGGCUUUGUUUACCGACACAGUCGCAAUGUUAUCGAGAGCAAUUUUGCCAUGGUUUGGUUUGGCUUGGAAAUUGAGAUGGCUCCGGGCGGCUGGCGGCUCCCGGCCGAUUGGAAGGCUUGGAGAGCGGUUGGGGAGGGACCGACAGCGGGAUCGGGCGGUACCGGGCGGGAUCCGCGGCUCCACUUCGCCGUUUGUCUGGCUUUCUGCUCGCUGCUUUUUUACUUGCAAGCUAAACUUUUCAACCACCGUCAGUUGUAUUUCGGUUCGCGCUGCGAUCUGUCGCACUUUGAAGUCACCUCGGCCAGCGAGAAAACGAAACUUUUGGCUCCACCUUCCGAUCCACAUCCUGUGCGGCGGAAGACGAAGCAGUGCGUUGGCUAG